GGGAAUGACUAGACGCCGUCCCUACCGGCUACAAUUGGUGUCUCGUGACACCCAGAAAGGCCACCCUUCAUUAAUUAAUAUUAAUAAUAAAUAAUUGCAUAAUAAUAUUUAAAUUUUAAUUAAUUCUCUCAUCAUUCACCCUGCAACACAGCCACUCCGGAGUCCACUUACUACUACUGUCCGGAUCGCCGAGACCAUUCCUAAGAUGAACGGUGCAGAUUAAUUCAGGACUCAAACUCCCGGCCCCGCCGUUGUUCAAUGCCACACCCCAGCAAUUGUACCUCCAAGUACGCUUCCGCACCGUACCUGCAUAUAAUAUAUAGAUUCGCACACACACACUCAAUCACUCGCAGAUAACUCUCUCUUUCUCUCUCUACAAUUUUCUCUCUCUCUAAAUUCUGAGAUGAAGAAACUGAUGAGGAAGCUCUCAAAAGUGACUGAUUCGUCGCAAUACUGUCUGCUACGGUCGGAUUCUGUUGGUGCGGCGCCGCGGCGGUCGGAAUCAUUCCGGAAGAGAUGCGGCGCCGCCGCCGGCGGAGUGCCAUGGGGACAUUUUCCGGUGUAUGUAGGGGAGGAGAUGGAGAGAUUUGUGGUGAGCGCGGAGCUGCUGAACCACCCGAUCUUCGUGAAGCUUCUGAACAAAUCUGCGCAGGAAUACGGUUACGAACAGAAAGGUGUUCUCAGGAUUCCCUGCCACGUCAUCAUUUUUGAGCGCGUGCUGGAGACGCUCCGCCUCGACGGCGACCUGCAGGAACUGAUUGAUUCGAUCUCCGACGACUUGUGACAUCACGUUUCUGUAGGAAGUUUCCGGAUGAUUGCGACGCUGCGCCGCCGCGGACGGCGGCCACGUCGUAAUUUCGGUCUCUUUCUUUUUUGUUUUUCUAUUUUUGUGAUGUUGUAAAUAGUUUGUUAUGAACGAAUUAAAGUUAUGUUUUAUGCCUCUAUUUUUUUUAUAUAUAUU